AAUCGUAUUGGCGGGAGCCAACAGAACACCUUAUCCACCACCAGUUUCAGCGCCAGCAUGGCAAUAUCCAAACCAUAUCAACGCAAUUUUCCCACCACAGAUACAGAGAGUGAGAGACCAAACCACCACCUGCUGCAGGGUAAAAGAACCCAGCAAAGGAACGGAGAAAAGCUAGCAGCUGGAGAGGAAGGAGUUGGCGAGAGCGAGAGAAUGCGAAGCGUGGCGGUCUCAGAAGGGCGUUUCAUCCCCCCACAUUGUUCAUUGCCGCCAUCGCCAUGUCUUCUCAACGGCAAGCCUCUCAAGUCCCGCUUGCUCCCUCUCAGUCCCAUGAACACUACUCCUUCCUCAUCCUCCCGCCUUCUCUCCAGGUGUUCGAGAAAAGGGCUCACUGAGCCGUUUCAGGAAGUACUUCGAGGGAUGCUUCCCGGUGUGUAUGACAACGAUUCUCACGAUUCUGUAACCCUGCUCUUCUCUCUCUCUCUCCUUUCACUGUGAAGGUUCGUGAGUUAGGUGGUAGUCAUUCGUUUAUGGGGAUAUGUUGCAAUUGGUCACAGGGAGUUGGUGAUGGCGCCAACAACAGCCGGGCGCCGGGAGAACUGGUUCGGAUUAUGGACGGCAAUGGGAAGAUAAAUUCAUUUCAAGAAAUUGGCGCUGUGGAAGCUGCUACAUUACACGAGGGCGUAAUGAAACUAUUUGUGUUCCUCUCUGGGUGUCUAGUGCUCCAGGGCUCUGAUCCAGCGGCUGCUGUUGCAAUGGAGCUCUCAAACAGUGGGUUGCAAUCCAUUCCUUAUCUUGGAGACCUUGGUGACAUUCGCACAGGUUUCGCCUCAGCAUUCUUGCUGAUAUUUUUCUCGGAGUUGGGUGACAAAACUUUUUUCAUUGCGGCACUUUUAGCGGCUAGGAAUUCUGCCGCCAUUGUCUUCACAGGGACCUUUGGCGCCCUUGGUGUAAUGACUGUCAUAUCCGUGUUACUUGGAAGAACUUUCCAUUAUGUGGAUGAGAUCCUUCCGUUCAGUGUCGGUGGUACUGAUUUGCCUAUUGAUGAUAUUGCUGCAGUUUGCCUUUUGGUGCUUGUCAUUGAAGUAAACAACACUUUCCCUGCUAACUUGAGUAUAUUUCAGGUCUAUUUCGGGAUAUCAACAUUAAUUGAUGCCUCUUCAAGCGAUAGCCCAAAAGCAGAAGAUGAACAAAAGGAAGCGGAGCUAGCAGUUUCAGAGUUCUCCGGAAAUGGUGCAGGCAUUUUAUCCGCUGCUAACACCAUUGUCAGCACAUUUGCUUUGGUUUUUGUUGCUGAAUGGGGUGACAAAUCAUUUUUCUCUACAAUUGCACUUGCUGCUGCAUCUUCCCCUCUUGGUGUCAUUGCUGGAGCUCUGGCUGGUCAUGGUGUUGCAACCUUGAUUGCUGUCUUGGGAGGUUCUUUACUGGGAACAUUCCUAUCAGAGAAGGUACAGAAACUCUUGAAACCUCUCCAACUUUGUUUGAUCUGCAUAUCUUGAAAUAAAAUGCCUGUUUCAUAACUUGGAAUUUCAUUAUGUACUAAAAGUGAAAACCCAUAAUAUGCUAAUGACAUUUUGACGAGUGACAUGUGAUCCUCUUCCUGGUCCCCAAAAAAGAGUUCCUGACUGAAAGACUCAAAGGUGCCAUCAGCAUCUUAACUCUCAACCAUUCAAGUUGUCACCCAACCCUCAUCAGUCUUUUGCCCUUUGAAUACUGAUUUUCCAUUAUACCGAAAGAAAAAGACAAUCCUAGAUGAAGACCAAUAACCAGAGUUAUUGUGAGUGGAAGAACCAUGAACCAAGUACAAAGAACCCAACCACAAAAUGUCUUGUCUCUAGUACUCUCUUCUUUUUUCUACCACCAACCCUAUAAUGUUUGAAAACUCUGAUCACCUUACGACAGGCUGAAUUCCGAGCAGCAUAUAAUAACAUACGCUGCUGGGCUGGAAUAUAUGUUGUAGAUCUUUUACACUUCUCAUAAUCUGCAACAAUUACACGUGCUUGUACAGAAUCAGCUUCUUAUUCAACUUCCGCCAUUAUAUUAUGAUGGACUGAGGAAAAAGGAGAAGGACACAAAUUCUUUUUUGGUGCUUUUGGACAGGUCAUAGCAUACAUUGGUGGGAUUCUUUUCCUUGUCUUCGCCGCCAUGACACUGAUCGAGAUUGUGAGUUGAAAAGGCGCAACUAUGACAGGCAUGGUGUUGCUAUUGCCCCCAUUCUUCAGUUUUUGUAGGCAUUAGAAUGUCUCAGGUACAGCCAUGCUCCAGUUAGCACAAAGCAUAAAGGAGUUUGAUUUGUUUGGAUUUGUUAUCAUCAUUGUAUCAAUCAAACUAACAUUUGUUUAGUAAAUAGAACUUGCACGCUGUCCUCUAUGUAAAUUUCAAGCAGCUCGAUUCAUCUGCCUGGGACUUUUGAUUUGUCUAGUUUUAAUGUAAAAUUGGUAAGAAAGUACAGGUAUUUUUGGCCUUUUGGUUUGUCUAUGUGGGAAGCUUAGCUCGAAGUAGGGAUUUUUUAUUUGAUAACCCAGAACAU